GUGAUCAACGAUUCUACGUAUGUAACCCCUUUACUUACACCGUUUUAUUUCACUUCAUCCCUUUCCAUAUUUACCUUUCUCGUCGCUGUUCUUUUAGCCUUCUUUACUGAUAAUUAUUUAACCGCCUCCAUAGCAGAAGUCAAUUGUAAAUUUAAGCAUAAUGACUUCAAGAUAUAGGGUCGAGUAUGCGUUGAAGACGCACAGACGAGAUCAGUUUAUAGAAUGGAUCAAGGGGCUAUUGGCGGUUCCCUUCGUAUUAUACUCCCAGCCCACAGGUGUUUUUGAAGCCAAUGGGUUCAACGUGACACAUAUGUCCGAAGAGGCGCACAGGCGUUAUGCCGAGAUCAUGAGGGACGUCGAGGUGAUGAUUGAUGAUCACAUAACGCACCAAUUAAACGCGAGCAGGGUCCCGUCUAAGCUCAAGCUCCUCGUCCCGACCAUAGGCAACUUCUUUACCCGGCUGCCUCUCGAGGCCGCCUUCAAGUUCCAGGACCGCAAGCGAUAUAUUUCGUCUCGCCGCUUCGUCUCCCCCUCCUUCAACGAUGUGCGCCUCGUCCUCAAUACGGCCCAACUCAUGGCCGUAACUACCCAAAGCACCCUCCAACUCGCUACUUUCGACGGAGACGUCACGUUGUAUGAUGAUGGCGAGAGCUUGGAGCCUACUAGCCCGGUGAUCCCGCGCAUGAUCGAUCUCAUGCGUAAGAACGUCAAGAUCGGCAUCGUCACGGCUGCGGGCUAUACCAUGGCCGAGCAGUACUAUGCCCGUCUGCACGGGCUCCUGGACGCCAUUGCUAGUUCCACAGUCCUAACGCCGCAGCAGAGGCAAAACAUUAUCAUCAUGGGCGGCGAAGCAAACUACCUCUUCGAGUUCAGCCCCACGUCGCCUCACCUGCUAUCCCCCGUGCCCCGGGAGCGCUGGCUAACAGCAGAAAUGGCAUCCUGGUCCGACGCAGGCAUCACAGCUCUCCUAGACGUAGCCGAGGCCGCGCUGCGCGACAGCAUCAAGACCCUAAACCUGCCCGCGACUCUAAUGCGCAAAGACCGCGCCGUCGGCAUAAUCCCCAGCUCAUCCACAGUGCGCAUUCCACGUGAAUCCCUCGAAGAAACCGUGCUAGUAGUCCAAAAGAUCCUGGAGCUCAGCGUAGGCGGGCGCGACUUCGACAACAAAGUAGUGCCGUUCUGUGCGUUCAACGGCGGGCGGGACGUCUUCGUCGACAUCGGCGAUAAGAGCUGGGGUGUAUCCGUGUGUCAGCAGUGGUUCGGGGGCGACGGUGCACGCACGCGCAUCCGCCCCGAACAAACGCUACAUGUCGGCGAUCAGUUCCUCAGCGCCGGCAGCAAUGACUUCAAGGCCCGCAGCGUUUCUACCACUGCCUGGAUCGCGAGUCCCGCCGAGACCGUCGAGCUGCUCGACGAGCUAGCCGGGUUCAUGGGCAAGAAGCUGAGCUGAGCAAAUCUACCUAUCUACCUUAGGUACCUAUACAUGCAUUCAAAUACAAUUGCAAUGACGGUAAUGACACUCCCAAUGUACGGUACAAAAGGAGGGGCACGAGAUUACAAGAGAAAAUGUUACGAUAAAAAUGAAAUUUGUUCCCAGGCGGGGAGGCAUGUUUGGCGUUUGACGGUGCGGCAGACGAUUUAGAAUUUCAGGGCGCGCUCGAAAGCAGGGAAGCAAAGCAAAAUAUGUUAGGUACCUGUUAUUAAUGAUCAUCAUGAUAGACGGCUAGUUUUGCAUACCUACCUACAUACUUCAGCACGUAAUUCAUAUAGUAUUCUAAUGCAUCAUUACCAUCGGCCGGAAAUAACGUCAUCGAGGGGUCUUCGUAGUAUCUUGUGUGAAGCUAAUCUUAUUC